CACUAAUGCGCCAAACCCGCAGGAUACAAGGAUUACAUUCCGGAGUUGUUCCAGUCCUCACAGCGUUUGCUUGCUGCAACGUUGGCACGAGCAGCUUCGAACUCUGCCCCAGACCGCUCACUUCAAAUCUCUAUCUUCUCUGGCAUUCUUAAGCCAUCGAAGCUGCACACAAUAUCAUGUCAGGAUGCCCGAAGUUCAGUUCCUCGUUUGUCGCCCUCCAAGCUGGAAUAAAUCCCCAUGGCCAGUUACAGCACAUGCCUAUCCAAUGACUCUUGGACAGUCGACGAUGUCGAGCUUCAGAAAGACUCCAACCGCAAACCUCAUCCCACUGCCGACAGACUUCUCCUGUUCAGAGAACCACUGAGAUGGUUCCUACUCCUGGUAUUUUUCUACUCCGUCGCUAUUCUGGGUACCGUUUGGUGGGCAUAUUCAGGUCCCACACAUCACACUUGGUCACAACGCGUCCUUCCAACGGGCAAUGUCAAGGUCGACCAAUUUUACUCUGGGGUCGCAUCAGUAGCCUUCAUGGUUCCAGCAGCAGCUCUUAUUAGCCAAAUAUGUCUGGAAUUCGGCCUUCUCCAUCCAUUUUCGAUUGCCCACCGGCUCCCGGUUAGCGCUGCUGAUUUGGACAAGAUGAUUGACGUCGGGCCAUGGUCUUUGCUUACAGUCUGGAAGUACUCACGGUGGAGGGCUCUCAUGCUUGGGAUGCUCAUGGCUAUUGGGUCAGCUAUUGUCCCUGUUAGCUCGCUGAUUCUUACAACUGGGACGCAUGUACCGCAGACUCGACAUACAGGAGUGGUCGGACUACCUGUUCAUCCUUCAAAUAUUUUACUGGACAUGAGUGCCAGUAUGGGAUACAGCGGUACGGGACCUUUCGAGCCCGGAUUUAAAUCUGACGACCUAGUCUUAAAUAUGAUGGCGGACACAUACAAAGGAUACGUUGUCAGUCGAAAGAUGUUGCUCAACAUGACCUCGAAUCAACUAGGUCCCAUCCCUACCAUCAACAUGACCUUCACUCCGGGGGUGAGAUAUGAUGGGGUAGUGUCUUUCCUCUGGGAUUCCCAUUGCGAGCCGGCAGAUGACGAUAUCAAGUACGACAUUAGUGAGGAGAAUGGCAAGCCACGAGUCACCUUCACUUGGCCUGAUGGUACGAAGAAUGAAACCGGUUCCUGGAGCAAGUCAGGGGAUACUACCAUAUACAUGUGGAGCGAUGCUCCCAAGACAUCGAGCGGAAUUCCAAGAGGGGGCACAACGUAUGUUGCUCAAGCGUCUCUGCUCAAGCACUACAAUCCUACCGAAUCCUUAGAGGUGGAAGGCAUCACGGCAACUAAAUACGGAACUUGGAUAUCGCGAGUCAAGUGCCGACCGACGAUGAAGUGGCAAGUCAGCUCCUGCCUCGCUACUGGAGACGGUAUGGAGAACUGUACCGAGACCCCAGGAGCGAACACUACGGUGCUGGAUACAAUUGCUUUGGAUGCUCUUUCUGGAUACAUGACAGCAAUCCCUUGGCUCCUCUACCUUCGCGACGACUACUCGUUUCGGAUGACGCUCGAGCCCUUUUUCAUUAUGCCAACCGUUGCCCACUACGAACGCAUCUUAGGCGUACUAGCACAAUCCAUCACAGCAAUCACAACAGGAGGAUACUUCGGUACAGCAACUGUCCCAGCUCUCGGAGAAGAGCCUCGACCGGUGUACAUUGUCCGCGUCUACGUGCUUUUCAUUCUCCUGGGCCUCCUCUACCUCGCCCUAGCCCUAAGCGGCUCAGACUUGCUCUACAGCAAAUUAAACCGUCUUCCAUUUAGAAAAGCAACGUUUCUGACCAUUGCGUACGCGGUCCAUGGACGGGGUGUUGACUGGGAUGAGAGCUGUGGAUGUGUUAAGAGUCGAGAGGAUCUAAGGAAGUCGAAUAAUGUUAUGUUAAGGUAUGGGAUUGAUAUUGAAGACCGGUUUCAUGUCGGUUUAGCGGGAGAAGUGAGGGCUUGGGAGCCGGGAGUUUUUGAUGAUGGUGGGGAUGGGGAUCCAGAGAGGAGGAGUGGGGAUGGGAGAAUGAGUUAUGCGUCUGAUGAAUGAAUUACGAGUAGACGGCCUCUUACCUAUGAUAUCCCUAGACUUAGACUUCUGAUAUACGAAUUACAGCAUGUUAUCGAGUAAUAUUGAACAUGGCUAAGGUGAAACUCACAUACUAAGCCCCUUACCAUAACCUGAAGGAAUGUUAUCAAGAUAUAAAUUUUUAUCC